AUGUUAGCACAUGAAAAUAAGAAGAUUUAUACCAUGCCAUCAUAUGGAUCUCAUUUAAUUUUUAACCAGAGCAAUAACACCUGUUGCUUUUUUGAGGACCCUAUACUAGCUAAUGUGCUCCCUGCAAUUUUAAUCAUAAUUGUUUUGCUAGGAUCUAUCCUUAAUGGAACUGCCUUAUGGGCUUUCUUAUUUAGUGUCAAGUCUUGGAAAUCCAGCACAGUAUAUCUCUUCAACCUGUCAGUAGCUGAUUUCUUCUUGAUUAUCUGCCUACCAUUCAGAAUAGACUAUUAUCGGAAGCAGAAGACCUGGAUUUACGGAGAUAUCCCAUGCAGAAUAAUGCUUUUUGUGCUUGCCAUGAACAGGGCAGGAAGUAUCUUCUUUCUUACACUCGUGGGUUUGGAUCGAUAUUUUAAAGUAGUCCAUCCGCACCAUAUGGUCAACUCCAUUUCUAUCAAGAAUGCUAUUGUUGUUGCUUGUUCUGUUUGGCUUAUUGCGAUAUUGGUGACUGUGUUUAUUCUCACUAAAGACCACACUGGUGGCAACAUAUUCAGGGAGGCAUAUUGUGACAGUUUUAUUGUGUGUCCUGCUGACACGUAUUGGCAUGACCUCCUUUUCAUUAUUGAGUUUUUUCUCCCUUUGUGCAUUGUCCUAUUUUGUUCGUAUAGCAUCAUCUGGAAGCUUAGACAGAGGAAUAUGAACAAGGAUUCAAAGAUUAAAAGGGCUGUCAAAUGUAUCAUAUUGGUUGGAUUUGUCUUUUUUAUAUGCUUUUUACCAAGUGUGUCCUCCAGAAUUGAAAUCAUAAGGCUCCAGGAGACUCCACAACACAGCAAUUGCAGUAUCUACAAAUCUAUGGAAACAGCUUUCUUUAUCACUAUGUGCUUUACUUACAUGAACAGUAUGUGCAAUCCUUUAUUGUAUUACCUUUCAAAUCCUUCAUUAAGAACUUAUUAUUUCACAAUGAUCCUUAAACUUAGACUAAGACCCUCUGCUUGUCCAAAAUCUGAUUUUCCUAAUUGA